AGGUCGUACAACAGCAGAGACAGCCUCACUUCAAGCAUUUUUUUAUGCCGGUCUUUGUCUCACGGACGUGAAUGAGUCGUAUUACUCCCUCCGGAAAUGUGGACGGACGUGAGGAUAUUGUUACUUUUUUACGCGGUCGUGCCGAGGUUUCUCACCUCAGAAGUGACAGAGGAGUGUGAGGAUGGACAGUUUCAGUGUACCAACAAAAGGUGUAUACCCACCCUGUGGAGGUGUGAUGAUGACGACGAUUGCUCAGACAACAGUGAUGAAGAAAAUUGCCCAAGGAAAACAUGCGCCCCUGCGGAGUUUGCUUGUCUGAAUGGCCAGUGUGUCCCAGGUCGAUGGCGCUGUGAUGGGGAACCUGAAUGUCCCGAUGGUUCUGACGAGGCCGAGGAGACUUGCAGCAAGCAGACUUGCCCACCUGAGAAAUUUGACUGUGGGGGAUCCAAUAAGUGUGUCUCAUUGUCAUGGAGAUGUGACGGCGAGAGGGAUUGCGAAAAUGGGGCGGAUGAGGAGGACUGCGCAUCUGACGCUAAAGCCUGCCCCACUGGCGAGUUCAUGUGCGCCAACCGUAAAUGCUUGGCUUCGGUCCACGUUUGCGAUGGCGACGAUGACUGCGGAGACGGCAGCGAUGAGCUCAAGUGCACUUCGCCUCUAACCUGCGGGCCCAACCAUCUCCGCUGUAACAAUUCCCAGUGUGUGCCACUCAUGUGGAGCUGCGAUGGCGAUCCCGACUGUGCAGACGGUUCGGACGAGGGACCCGAGCGCUGCGGCGGUGACGGCGUCCUCCUGGCAACCAGCAGGGCCAACUGCACUGCUGAGGAGUUCCGCUGUGCCAACGGGGAGUGUGUGCGGCUAGGCUGGAAAUGUGACGGCGAUCCAGACUGCAAAGACAAGUCAGAUGAAUCAGAUUGCCCCCUGCUGACAUGCCGUCCUGAUGAGUUCCAAUGCGGUGAUGGUUCUUGCAUUCAUGGCACCAAGCAGUGCAACAAGGUCAACGACUGCCCCGAUCACAGCGAUGAAUCCGGUUGCGUCAAUGGUGGGCUUGCUUUUAUUUUCUUCCUGUAUCUGUCUACACACGGCUAUUUGAGUAUGUUUUCCUUCUGUGUUGUAGCCACAAAAUGUGAGGGCCCCCUGAAGUUCCUAUGCAAGAAUGGCGAGUGUAUUGAUAGUUCAAAAGUUUGCGACUCUGUCAAGGACUGCAAGGACAGAUCAGACGAGCCAAAGAAAGAGUGCGGUCUUAAUGAGUGUAUGAUGAACAAUGGUGGCUGCUCUCACGUCUGUAUGGACCGACCCAUUGGUUUUGAGUGCCAGUGCCCUGUCGGCUACCAGCUUCUGGACAAGAAGACUUGUGGAGACAUUGAUGAAUGUGAGAACCCAGAUGCCUGCAGCCAAAUCUGCAUCAACUACAAGGGAGAUUUUAAAUGCGAAUGCUAUGAAGGGUACGAGAUGGAUCCUGUCACAAAGACCUGCAAGGCAGAGGGAAAAAGCCCUUACCUACUGUUCACUAACCGACAUGAGAUUCGACGUAUCGACUUGGUGAAGAGGGACUAUAGCCAAGUGGUUUCAACCCAGAAGAACACUGUGGCUCUUGACCUUGACGUGGCUAAUAACCGAGUCUUCUGGUGUGACCGCUUUCAUCGGAAAAUCUACAGUGCCUUCAUCCAUGAGGCCAGUGACCCAUCUCACCAAGUGCAACUGGUGGAAUCGUCGCUGCAAAGCCCGGCUGGUCUUGCUCUGGAUUGGCUUCAACACAACCUGUAUUGGACAGAUUCUGGUGACAAAUCAGUUUCCGUGGCUUCAGUAGAUGGCACCAAGCGACGUAUCCUCAUCAACACUGAUCUGAGUGAGCCCAAAGCCAUAGCACUGGAUCCCCAUCAUGGUUUCAUGUACUGGUCCGACUGGGGCACGAGAGCCAAGAUAGAGAAGGCCGGGAUGAAUGGAGUGGACCGGCAGGUGCUAGUGGCUGAUAACAUUGAAUGGCCCAACGGCAUCACUUUAGAUGUGGCUAACCGUCGUCUAUACUGGGUGGAUUCCAAGCUGCACCACAUUGCCAGUGUGGACCUGAACGGAGCGCACCGCAGAACACACAUAGCAUCCGCAGAGAGGCUAGGACAUCCCUACGCUCUGGCUGUGUUUGAGGAUCGUAUUUAUUGGACAGAUCGAGACAAAGCAUCGGUCUUCAUGGCUAACAGGCUGACGGGUCAAGACAUUCACACUCUUGCUGAAAACCUCAACGACCCACAUGACAUUGUUGUCUUCCACCAACUGCGACAGCCUCAAGGUCCAGACAGCUGUAAUCUGGGCAGUGUGGCCAACGGAGGCUGUGAGUACUUGUGUCUUAAGGCACCCCAGAUUACUGAGCACUCUCCUAAAUACACCUGCGCCUGCCCCGAUGGACAGGACCUUGGCCCCGAUAUGAGGGCUUGUGUGCCAGCACCGAGAAAUGACAUGCCACCCUCAUCCACACUGGCACUCACGCCUUCUACUCUAACAUCUGAAGGCUUUACGCCACCCUUGGAGGGCGUCUCGCAGUAUGAUGCCACCCUGCAAUUGACUACGUCACCCCUCGCUGCCCUCGAGCCGCGCACGCCUCUCGGCACAAUCAAGACUGUAUCAUCGCAGGAGUCAAAAGCGCUCGGAUCGCACUCAACAGCCACCGUCACCGUCGAGUCCACCACACCUGCAGGGGACAGCAGCGUGUCACAACACUCUGGAAGUGAACAUUUCCUCCUCGGAGAGAAUCUGACAGUAGCUGUUUUAGGAGUGGUCAUCCCUAUUGUUCCUGUCAUUGCCACAGUGGUGUUCGGCCUGGUGUGCGCCGGGGUCUACCUGGUGUGGCGGAACUGGAGGCACAACUCCACCAAGAGCAUGAAUUUCGACAAUCCCGUCUACCGCAAGACCACCGGCGAGGGCGAGGAGGACGAGAUCCACAUUGGUCGGACUGACGGCAUGGGGCACCACACCCAUCACACACACCACGUGCAUCACCAUCCGUACCAGCAGGGCGUCAGCAUGGGAGUGGUGAGCUCAGGAGCUGGCGCCUGCCCACAGUUUAUCACCCUACCGCUUGGGGGGACGGUGGCCGAUCCGGGGACUCAUUGGUACACGGAACAACCCAUGCUAGCCACUGCGUGAGCCACAAGCCGUGGCUUGAGGGGAAAACAUGGCUACAGUGGCGUGUGCACAACAGGGAGGUCAAAGGUGAUCCAGGUCGCCGACGAAGAGGACAUACAUAUCAUCAAAUGCCAUCCACAGUCGUGUUCUAUGCCAAUUUUCCUAAUUUUACGGAUUUUGACAGUCUGUUGUCGUUGUGGGAGCUGGCUCUAUUUUUCUCCAAUGAAGUCAUGUUGGAGUGUAUGCUGUUGGUCAUUUUUGGUUACCAAAAAUGACGUUUUGUCCUUGUUUUUGUGGAUAUUCAAUAUCAAUAUUUGAUCCUUUUUUAAUUUGAUUUAUUUUUCUUUGUUUUAACUCAUUGGCUGCCAUUUACCGCGAUAGGCGUCCAUACUAUUUCCUACCAGCUCUUCUAGCUCAAAUGGAUUUGAUGUCUAUCACCUUCAAAAAAGUGGCCCCAACAUUUGGGUUUGGCUAGGCUGAAAAAAGGGAAAAACUGAAAAUGUGGAUCUGCGUUGAUGGGACAAUCAGUACAGAUUCAUACUUUAUCAAAAUGAAUUGUGUUCCUUGAGCUUUCCUGUUUCUGUGUUUUGGGAACUUUUGUUUUAUUUUUGUAUUUUUUUGCAGUUUUCUCACCAGUCCGCACCUGGGAAGGGUGACUUGUUCAUUCUCUCUAAGUGCCGUUACGCGCUGAUGAACUGAGAAGCAGUAUUCAUAUUUGACCUUUAACACAACAAAGUACACUGACUACAUUGAGGGGGAAAAGUGCUUCAGGAGCCAAAAUAACGACAAAGUGGGUUCCUUUUUUUGCUUUACUGUGAUGUUGAAAUGCUGCGAGAUCUCAAUUUUUAGCCAGGAGAGAAUAUUGCAAUUAUUUGUUUGCCUGCAAUUUACAUAAAUACACACAGCAAUAGAGAAUAGAUGGAAAUGCAUUGUGCACUUGCUCUCCCAAACCAACCUGCAUGAAUACUGUAUUUGCAUCACAAUUCGGCCAUUCAUUUGUUACAGGACACACAGUGUGCGUGUCCGGCAAAAACAGCUGAUACCUGAGUGGGAAGGCCCAACAGGUGUCGUCAUACGACACAGACCAAUAACACGUUUUCCUUUCUCUCCUAAUUCUGACACUGUGUUAUGCUUGUAUGAGUGCGUGUUGACAGUAAUGCAUGUGAGUUCUAAUGUUCAUCCCAGGGCCAUAUUUGAAAGGUUUUUACACUCUGUUGCACAACCCUCUUUGAAUGCCUUCUGUGUCGCAUGAAAGUUUGUAAAGCUGUGCACAAUGUGUAGAUGAAUGGGUGCGUAAUUGUGUUUGUAUGAAAGUUCUGAGGGUGCUUUUUGACUCAUUGAUAUGUAAAUAUGUUUUCAUAAGGUUUUUAAUGAUGUAAAAUAGCCUCCAACGAUGUAAAAGAUGAUGUACAUAAGAUUUUAGAUAAAGUGUUGACAGGUAUAUUAAUUUAUUUGUACAAAGAGAGCACUGAAUUCCCUGCUUGUAAGAAAUCCAAAUUGUUCACCAAAGUUGUCAGCGUUGUUUUUUUUUUUAAAUUGUGCGUCGUUUUUAUUUGAUUUCUUUGAGAGGUGGGAAGCCUUAUUUCUGCGUAAGUCCAUGUAAACUAGAGUGGACCCGCUUGAUGUUUUGUCAGAAUUCACAUUACAGUACUCAUGUUGAUGUUGCCGUUACUGUAAAUCUGUUUGUUUGUGCCUUUUUUGGGUUGUUGUGUUUCUUCAUUACUGUUUUCAUGAGAGAAAAAAAAAAAACACUGGAUAUUUGCAAAGAUGAACUUCAUCAAUUUCAAACUUGCUUAUUUUCUGUAAUGUAUCACUUUUGAAUAUCUCUAUAUAUUGGUAUAUAAAAUUUGAAUGGACAUUUUCUCUUUGUGUUUUGUUCUUUAUUUAGUGGUUCAGGGGCAAGGGCGUAGGUCUGAUCUCAACAUUGGUAGGGACGACAUAACAUUAACCUGCAUGUACUGUAGUGUACACUGUUGGCCAAAAGAAUUGGCACCCCUGCAAUUCUGUCAGAUAAUGCUCAAUUUCUCCCAGAAAACGAUUGCAAUUACAAAUGCUUUGGUAGUAAUAUCUUCAUUUCUUUUGCUUGCAAUGAAAAAACACAAAAGAGAAUGAAAAAAAAAUGAAAUCGUUAUCAUUUUACACAAA